GCGGCCAUGGCGGCCGGGGCUGUGGUGACGGGACGGCCGUGGCGGCAGGAGGGGGAGGGGCCUUUCCUCCACACCCUGAUUGGCUCGCUUGCGCCCUUCCGCUCUCCUUUCGUUGGCCGGCAUAGCCAUCGUGGCCCGCCCCUUUACUCUGCCACCUUCCCACUGGCCCGCGAGGGGAAGACUCGCAUCCUGGUUGGUUCUCUGGCUCCGAGGGGGCGGAUGACGAGGAGGGCGGUGAUUGGCGCAGCCGGCGGGCGCGAGGGGCGGCUCCCGGACGUGAGGCGGCGGCGGCGGGCGAUGGAGCUGGGGGGUGGCGGGCCGGCGGCGGGCCCCGGCCAAGGGGCGCUGGGGCGGGGGGGCCUCGAGUUCCUGCAGCACACGGCGGGCUCCCUGCUGUCCAACUAUGGCUGGUACAUCCUCUUGGCCGCCGUCGCCAUCUAUCUCCUCAUCCAGAAGAUAUCUCAGAGCCUGGCGGCCAGGCCGAGCAGCCAGCCGGGAGCAGCUGACGCAGCUGUGGAACCUGAUGUGGUGGUAAGAAGGCAGGAAGCUUUGGCAGCAGCUCGCCUCAGGAUGCAAGAGGAGUUGAAUGCACAAGCAGAAAGAUACAAAGAAAAACAAAGACAGCUUGAAGAAGAGAAGCGAAGGCAGAAGAUAGCAAUGUGGGAGAGUAUGCAAGAAGGAAAAAGCUAUAAAGGAAACCUGAAACUUAAUCAGCAAGAAGUAGAAUCUGGUGCCUCCACCUCAUCAGCAGUCUCGAAAUCUAAACCAAACAAAAAGCCCUUGCGAGGGAGUGGCUAUAACCCCCUGUCUGGAGAAGGAGGCGGAACUUGUUCCUGGAGACCAGGCCGGAGAGGCCCAUCAGCAGGUGGAUGAGGCUAACCUCCCUAGUGUCUCAUGUCACUAGCAGGCUUGAUCUUACCCACUGUCUAACUGCCUAUGGUUUGCCUGUCACAGUGACUCCUUUGGGACUGGGUUUAGUGCAGGUGUUAACUUUGAAAACAGAUUUACACCAUUUCCAAAUAGUAACGCAGAAGCUGAUACUACACAAGAAAAAUACCUGAUCCUCUUAGAGAGGAUGAAGAAAGAAACAAUUUCAGUGUAAUCAGUUAAUUAAAACUCUUCUGUAGAGAGGAAGCAUAGUCUCUAGCCAAGGUGAAUCACCUGGGAUUGUGAGAUCUGGGUUUUAUGGCUGGCUAUUCAAAAGACUGGCCUCAGGCAAAUUUAAUUAUCUACGCUUGGUUUACCUCUGUAAAAUGAGGGUAUUUAUCAUCCUUAGACAUGUGUUACCAGAUUUACUGUGUUUGGCUGGAAGGUACUUCAGAGGGGAAGAAUAUUAUCAUCAUCAGAUACCUUGAACUUUAGGAGGAGGGACUUUCAGAAAAAACGGGUGAACUGACAAACACCACAGAUUUGCACCAAAGGCCGGUUAUUGCAGAAGAGUCUCUGUGACAAGCUACCUUGAAUGAUGUUUUCCUUAUAAAUGGUAAACAAACCAGUGAGGAUUACUGAUGCUAGACAGCAGAUGGGGGGUUUCUUGCUAUUCUUUUUUUUUUUUAAUUUCAAUUGCUUUGUAAAAACAAAAUACUAUUAAUAUUAAAUAUAAUUGCAAACAAAUCAUAAAGCUACUAUUUACAAUUGUGGUUUUCUACAGCAUCUUUUUAUAUAGAAGGCAUAUGUUCUAGUGCAAUAAAUGUGUAUAAAGCAAGAUGAGAGAUCAAAUGAAAUUAUUUUCAUUUGACUACUUCCAUAAACAAAAGUUUUUUUUCAGCUGUUCUUUUUGGCUUUUACGAGUUUUGUUUUAUUUGGGAAUUCUGUUUUCCGCAUCAUGGUUUUAGAAGAAUCACCUUCAGGUUAAGACCAAAUCAAGUUUUCCCAAGUUUAAAAAGCAAAACUCCCCAUUCUCUUCCCCGCCCCCAGUAAGCGAUUCUGAAGUUGUAUAGACUGCAUUACUGGUUGUUAAGCACUACGGCUGUAUUUGAAUCUAAAUCAAGAAAAAAUGUAACAAAGGCCUUUGCUCUAAUAGAGCAGAAUGGGUUUCUUUACGAAUUACUGUCGACAAAUACGGUUUGAGGAGGAGGGGAUUCAUAGGCGUGGUCAGCUCUAACACUGCAAGGUAUUCAAAGGGAAAAGAGAAGCCACAAACUGCGCUGAGAUCUGUGUGUUGCGGGCAGCAGGACUGUGUAUAGCUUUACCAAUGCAGUGUUAGGGCUACGCCUCGGGGACAUUAAGAACUUUGUACUGCCUUCUGUUCUGAACGUGUCUCAGGGUGGGAACCGAUAGCCUGGCUGCACGGCUGCCCUGCAUAGCCCAGCUAGAUGCUGAGGUGCGUUCUUGCUCUGCUGCCAGCUUGUGCAGCACAAAAGCUGAGGGUGGUCUGUGCUGAAAAGGGCCUCUGGCUAGCAAACGUAUAAAACUUGCACGUGAGGGACUGUAAGGAGUAAAGAACUGAAGCGUGUGCGGUCUUCAUCCUUCUGGUGUUAUAUCCAGCACUGUGGAUAGAAAAUAAAGUUAGAGCUGGUCAUCGUAAAUGAGCUUUCCAAACAUCCCAUCCUCUUGAUAUGCUCUCUAGCACAAAAUGCAGCAGACGAGUAAAAUUCAGGCUGUCCUUGACAAAGAGUGAAAUAGUUCCUGUCGGCGUCAGAGAACUGUCCCUGUGUCUGAUUACUGUUACUGAGCUUGUAUAUAGGCAUUAAAAUAUGUAUCAGUGUUCCAUUAGCAUAGCGUAGGGCUGCUUGAACACUUCAUUCUAAAUACUUGUGCUUGGAAUAUUUGUGUUCAUCAAUAGGUAUGACUGCCAACUUUGAAUACACUGUUUAUAUGUAUAUAGAUACUGCUCUGUGUGUCAGGUGAUCCAUGAUUUUCUAGUGACUAUAAAUGUAACAGUAGCAUGUUUCUAGUAACUUUUAAAGUUGCCAGCUAAUGAAAUGGAAAGGCAAAGAACCUUUUGCUUUAGACCCAUGAAGUGUGUGUUCAAGUGCAUAUAGAAGAUGAAGUGAGAAGGCUAUUAAUAUUCCUAUGGAAACUAGUUUUCAUUUCCUGUCUUCUGUGCAUUUUGGUAUGUAAACUUAAUUUCCAUUGUUGUAACAUAGACUGGUGUGUGUAACUUCAGGUUUUAAUCUUUAAUAAGGCAAAAAAAAUAGAGGUGGGGAAGGAUAUUUUCAAGAUCUGAAGAUUCCUCAUCAUUAAAGAGGACUAAGUUGUUAUCUUACUCAUGCCUCUGGGGAACAUUUUCCCCUUGUGUUGGGGAAACACGCAACAGACUGAGGUGGUGUCUUCAGAAAAACAGCUGGGGGAGGUUGUUGUCUUAAAGAAGCAGAAUUCCUUGUGUUGAUAAAAUGGUAAGGAUGGCUUGAUUUAAUUCAGUAAAAACAUUUUAAGAAAUAAAUAAGCAGGUCUGAACUGA